AAAAAUAUCUCAGCCUCCCCCACCACAAAAAGUCGACAAGAUCAAUUGAGAUAACAAGCACGCGACAAUGGCCGCAGUUCAAGAUCUCGCGGAGCGAGUCAAGGCCACAACAGUCUACGUCGACACAGACGUCGGCCUGGACGAGGAAUCCCAACCUGGCACCGAAAGCAAAUCUUACAAGACAUUGGCGUUCGCCUACAUUCAACAAGGAGGGAGUGAGGGCAAGACCUACCUGUCGCGGGCCUCUACAACUGGUCCAGUCAGCGCAGAUGGCGAUCCGGCAGAGAGACUGGUCUGGAAAGACCCAGCCAAAGCUGCUAUCAAGAAAGCCCAAGGCGCAUUGGAUGCACACAAGAAGAAGCUUCUGAAACAGCAGCAACAAGCCGCACAGGAGGAAGAGAAGGAGAAGGCACGUCUAAAGCACCUCGAUGAGGCAAAAAAGAUUGUUCUCGAGGAGAACCACUCUCUGCCGAAGGCUGUUAAGGUUACAAUUGGAGACAAGGACGUGGAAUUGGGCGAGGGAGAUAUUAAGGGGACUCGAGUCAAGGUGUCUGGUCGCAUCCACCGUCUACGACAACAAAAGCAAGCUACCUUCAUUACACUGAUUGACGGAUACGGACAUCUGCAAUGCGUUCUUUCUGGCGACCUUACGAAGACCUACGAUGCUCUCACCUUCGCACAAGGCACUUCGCUGACCCUCUUUGGGGAGAUGCGAAAGGUGCUCGCUGGCCAAUCCGCCCCAGAUAACAGAGAACUCCACGUCGAUUACUACAAAGUUUGGGGCAGAUCGCCAUCCGAUGCAGAGGCUAUCACCAACAAAAUUUCUGCCCAGCAAGAUCAAUGGGAGGCAGCAAUGCUCGACCAGCGCCAUUUGGUCCUGCGAGGCGAUGUCGCAUCGUCUGUUAUGAAGGUCCGGUCUGCAGUUGAGUGGGCGUUUGCGAAGGCAUACAAGGAGCUGCGCUUUACCAAGAUCAGUCCCCCAGCAUUCGUUCAAACACAAGUCGAGGGUGGAUCGACACUAUUCGAGCUGGAUUACUAUGGCGAGAAGACAUACCUGACUCAGUCAUCCCAACUCUACCUCGAGACUGGUAUCCCCAGUCUUGGCAACGUCUACUGCAUCGAAAAGUCCUUCCGAGCCGAGAAGUCCCUGACCCGCCGUCAUCUGUCAGAAUACACUCACGUGGAGGCGGAACUUGAUUUCAUCGAUUUUGACGACCUGCUGGACCACUUGGAGGAGAUGAUCAGCAGAGUCAUCACAACAAUUAUGGAGGAUAAAGAAAUUGCUGGAUAUAUCAAGGAGCUCAACCCUGAGUUCAAGGCCCCCACGAGACCGUUCAAACGCAUGCGGUAUUCCGAUGCAAUUGAUUGGCUCAACGCACAAGAUCCCCCUAUCCUCAACGAAGAAGGCAACCCUCAUGUUUUCGGCGACGAUAUCGCUGAGGCUGCAGAGCGGAGAAUGACUGAUAUCAUUAACCUGCCCAUCUUCCUGACACACUUCCCGGUUGAGAUUAAAGCCUUCUACAUGAAGAAGGAUCCCGCUGAUCUUCGCGUCACGGAAAGUGUUGAUGUCCUGAUGCCGGGAGUUGGAGAGAUUGUCGGUGGUUCGAUGAGAAUGGAGGGGUAUGACGAGUUAAUGGAAGCAUAUAAGCGUGAGGGAAUUUCACCGAAGGAGUACUAUUGGUACACCGAGCAGCGAAAAUACGGAACAUCCCCCCACGGUGGCUACGGUUUGGGACUCGAGCGAUUCAUCGCGUGGAUCUGCAAACAGCACUCUGUCCGCACAUGCUGUCUGUACCCCCGGUUUAUGGGUCGAUGCAAGCCAUAAAUCCAACCUUUGCUCUUGCCGAUCAUAUCAGAUCUUGCCUUCUCUCCUUUUGGCUGUCAGAACAGAUAAACAUAGAUUCCCUUUUCCAAUCAAUGAAGCGUGUGAAGCGUAAUGACUAAACAUCAUAAACUGUCACAUCAUUUUCAGAUCGCUGAAGAUCAUGCUCCAACUGUCCACUUGAGC